UUGUUUGUGAGAUGAACGACGUCGUUUUGGUUGGCGGUUAGAAAUACAAAACCCUAAACCCUACUGCGUAACAUCACACUUCUCUUUCCCUACCUCUGCCUCUCUUCAACCUCGCCCUGAACCAAAACGAAGAAGAAGAGCACGAGGCCACAAAACCCUAACCAUAACCUCUCAAUUUGUUCAUCUCAAAACUCUAGCAAUGGCAACUUCCUUAGCUUCUCAAUUACAAGCUAUCAGAUCCAUAGCACUUACUGAUUCCGCACCUCAAAAGCGACCGUUCACUCGUCCUUCUAUCUUGUUCGAUCCUAAAGAAGCUGCUGAUAAGAGUACUGAAUCCAUUUACACCAUUGCUGCUCAAGGAUUGGAGGUUCUGAUUAGCACCGAUGAACGGUUUAGGAAUUAUAAGAAUAGUUUGUUCAGUCCCAAGAGUAAAGAAUUGGAUAGAGGAUUAAAGACAGAAGACGAGAAUAAACAACUUAAUUCUUUGAUUAAUCCGUACUUGAGAUUAAUUUCUGGAUAUUUUAAUCUUCCGGCUGCUCUUCAAACACUCGAGUAUUUGAUACGUGUAUACAAAAUACAUGAGCACAAUGUUGAGGAUUUGAUUUUGUGUUCAUUGCCUUACCACGACACACAUGCAUUUGUUCGUGUAGUACAGAUACUUAAGAUACGGAAUCGUAUAUGGGAGUUUCUUAAGGGUGUGAAAGACUCGGGUGCAACACUACCUAGAAUGGUUGUAGUGCAACAAUGUCUUCGAGAUGGUGGUGAAUUAUUAAAAUCUUUAUGCGACUAUGCAUCUCCAUCCAAAAAUCCUUCAAGGAAUGUAAUUGGCUUUUGUACCGCUGUUGUUGUUGAAGUUUUGGGUGUGAGGGUGGAUGAAGAUAUUGUCAAAAUAAUACAUCCUUUCGUGAAUUCUGGUCUUCAGCCUGAUAAGAAGGAUCUUUCAGAUCACAAGGCCAGUUCAUUGAUGAUAGUUUGCUUGCUUGGACAUAAAACAACAUUAGCUCCAUCACUUUUGAAUGGUUUGAUACGUUCAGUUGCCGGGAUUGCUCGUGCUUGUGAGGAGGCUAAAGAUCUUCAUUGGUUUCGGUUGUCACUUAUUGCCUUAAUCAAUCUUGUCCAGUCCCAAAAUGUGGACACACUUCCAACGAAGGCCUUGGAUGUUUUAAAGAAACUAAGGGAUUUGCCUGGAGUUUUAUUAGAAUUGUCUAAGGAGUUCAACAUUGAAAAGUUUCUCGUUGUUCUGUUGGACUCCCUAAUUAUCUGCAGUUCUAAGGAUGAAGACUGCCAGCAGGCUUUGCUGUCCUUGAUAGAAAAGGUCCCCAUAAAUGACUCUGUUCAUCAUGUGGUUACCAAGAUCCUAUCAACUUGUGUGAAACUAUCAGAAAAAGUUGGUGACUCAACAUCUUCAAUGUCAGCUGGAUGGGCAAAAGAGAUUCUGAAAAUUGUUGAUAUGAAGUAUCCUUCUGAACUCCGUGCAGCAGUUCAUCAUUUUCUUCAGCAGCAUAACACAGCACAUUCUAAGAAAGACAAUUCAUUGUAUAAGAUUUUAUGUAAGAUGUUGGAUGGCAAUUUGGAUUCAUCAUCUGAUAUCUCGAAGUCAAAAGUUUGGUUUGGCUUGUAUCAUCCAAAGGCUGAUAUUAGACGUACUACACUGCUUGAUAUAAAUUCUUCGGGGAUCUUGAAAAACAAGGCAUUUGUUUCAGAGGGUCUUAUUGACAUCCUAGAGGCCAUAUUGAGACAGUUUGAUGAUGAAGAUCUAACAGUUGUUCAAGCAGCUUUAAAUGUCGAUGGCGUGGAAAAUGUACCAGAUUCUUCUAAGCUUCUCGAGGCACUGCAAAAUGUGCUAAGAAGAUGUGUUGGCAAGAUGCUGUCUGGUUCAACCGAUAAUGUUAGUCUUACUUGCGAAGUUGCUGUCAGUUGUCUAAAGAAAGCCAUAUCAUACUUCCAUGAUCAGAAAUUGAAAAGCAUCGCUGCCAUGAUUUAUCCAUUACUCCUUGCUAUGCCACAGACACAAGACUUAAAUUUAAAAGCUCUGGUACUAGUCAAAGAAAUUAACUGGCAACUUUAUGAUAAUAUUGCUGAAGAAACGACAUCGAUACCUGGAUGUUUAUCUUCAAUUAACUUGAAGGUUAUCGAAAAAUUGGCUGGCAAUUUCAUGGUCCACCAUGAAGAUAAUAUAGAUUGGUUUGUUAAAAGCUGCAAUGAUACAAAAUUGUCAAAGACGCUCUUCUUUUUUGUUCUAUUGCAGUCUCUUGUGCUGAUAAAACCAAAAGGUGAUAAUGACUUUUCUGCACUGUUUGAAAGUGUGUUUCCUAUUCUGAAGGCUGAGUGGGAAUCUUCAGUGAAUGCUGGUGAUGUUCUUUUGGACGAGUUCAAUUCUGAAGUGUUAGACUUAAACUCGGACUGUAGUGCAUUCUUUGAUCAGCUUUUGUAUGCCAAACUCGGACCUCUAAAUGCAAAAGUUAUGUCUUGCAUAUUUUGGAGGCUGAUUAAAGCACUAGUGUCAGAAAAAUCUUCAGGCAAUCUACUGGAUGAUAGCAAGAUAAAGGAUCUGUUUGUAUUUUUUGCUUUGUCAAAGUUCGGAAAUGCUUUCCAUGAACACCUCCAUUUCUUAGCAGCACAGUUCAGAUCUGCCCACCUAUUAUCCAAGUUUUUUACAGACGAAGGUGUUCCUGCUGUAGUCCAAGUUGAAAGUCUGCAGUGCUAUGGAUCUCUUUGUACUCUGCAGCAAAAUGAAUGUCAAACUGAUCUUUUGGCUGAAUUUCCUUCUCUUCUUGUUCCAUUGGCCAGUGAUGAUAAGUCUGUAAGGGAUGCUUCCUUGGAGUGUAUUGUUAAGUUACACGCCUUGUGGGGUCGUAUUGAACAUGGGUUCCAGUUUCUGGAUGAACUUCUAACUGCGUUGGUUCAGAUAAAAAAACUUAUAUUGUCUGACAAGAAAAUUCUCUCAGCGUUGUUCACGUCCUCACUGGGGUCCACACCGGGCUCGUCCUAUCAUAAUAUCCUAUUACCUCCAAAUAUGCAAAACAGGUUUGCUAAAAAAGAAGAAAUACUUGAGUUCAUUUUGGGUUAUACUGAGAAAUUCUCCAACUACGGGAAGCUAAUGAUUCUCUCCUUGCUCAAGGGAAUUGGGAAUCCUAUUAUAAUGCAUCCUAAAAUUGCAUCAAUGCUGUCUAAUUUAAUGGAGAGAUACUAUGAUAAACACGGCAAUUCUUUCCAGAAAUUUUCGAACACUGAAACUAGGAUACUGUGUCUUUUGUUGGAGAACUGUGUAAUGUCUUCUCCUUCAGGUGGAGAUGAUCUUCAAAACUCUUUACUGAAAGUGUUGCAGUUGGAUGGCAUGACUUCAGACAACCCUGCUUAUGUAGAGCCUUGCAUCACUGUCUUGAAAAAGCUUAAUAGUCAAUUCUACACGGGCUUGCAGGAUAAAGCAAAGGAGCAAUUAUGUCUUGCACUUGUGUUUCUGUGCCGUAAUGCUAAUGGUGAUGUACAAAUUGCAACUAGAGAGGCCUUGAUGCGUAUAAAUAUAGAUUUCAAAACUGUUGGCCGCAUACUUGACCCCAUAAUUGCCCCAAAGUAUGGCAAAAUUAGGUCAGCAGAUGAAAAGUUAAAAAAGAGACAGAAAUUGACAACACAUCAUGAAGAAGAACUUGAUGACAUAUGCAGAAUAGAUAAUCUGGUCGACAGUCUUAGUUCCCUUCUUGAUGUUUUGUUACUGAAGAAAGACAUAGCAAACAGGCAUUCUCUCUUAGACCCUUUAUUUAAACUUCUUGGCAUGGUAUUUUCAGAAGAAUGGGUAAAUUACACUCUUUCCCUUGAGGAAGGAUCAUCCCAACCGCCAUCAAGUCUUUUCGAAACUGUAAAUCAUAUUCAACAGACUCUAUUGAUUAUCCUGGAGGAUAUAAUCAUGUCUCAUGAUAGCAUGGCUGUGCUAAAUGAAAAAAUGACUAAUGAGAUUAAUAUUAAGCUACUGAUAGACUGUGCCCGGACUACCGAUGUUGUUGUCACCCGCAACCAUAUAUUUUCUCUGCUUUCUGCUGUCAUUAGAGUCUUACCAGAAAAAGUGUUUGGGCAUCUAAUUGAUAUUCUUCCAGUUAUUGGAAAAUCAGCUGUCACACAGAUCGACAGUCAUUCAAAGCAUGUAUUUGAGGAUCUUAUAUCUGCGAUUGUUCCUUGUUGGCUGUCUAAGACAGAUGAUGUGGAGAAAUUACUGAAGGUUUUCAUAGAUAUAUUUCCUGAAAUUGUUGAGCACAGAAGGCUAUCAAUUGUUUUAUAUCUCCUACGAACUUUGGGCGAGGGUAAAAAAUGCUUGGCCUCAUUACUUAGAUUGUUGUUCUCUUCCUUAGUUUCAAGGAACGUCACCUAUUUUCUCAAUAUUGAGACGCCAGAUGCUUUAACAUUAUGUACUAUAGAGUGGGAAUAUAAAUUAGCAGUGCAGAUUUGUGAACAGUAUGCAAGUAUGACUUGGCUUCCUUCUUUAGUUUCCUUUUAUGAACAGAGAGGAAACAAAAAUGUUGACCAGUCAAUGUUUCUGGAGUUGUUUCUGGCAAUGCGCUUUUGUUUGCAGAAGUUGCAAGAUCCUGAAUUGUUGUUCAAACUAGAAUCAGGAGUAGACUCUGUUGUCAUUCAGAGUCAACUCAGAGAGCUUAUGGAACAUGUUGUUUUCCUCUUGCAUCUUGUAGAUGCAAGAAAAAAGGAACUAAAUUUCCCUGUCAUCAUGAGGAAAGAGUUGAAGGAAACUAUGCGCGCUGUUGUGAGGAAUAUAACAAUGGUCAUGAUUCCUUCAAUAUACUUCAAGUGCAUAAUUAAUUUGCUCCAUCAUUCAGAUAAAGAUGUUGGAGAAAAGGCUCUUGGGCUGUUAUGUGAUGCUGCAAGAAAUCACGCAACAGUCAGCUUAACGUCUAAAGGCAACAAAGGUUCAAGGUCAAGAUCAAGUUCUCGUUGGCUUCAAUUGGAUGAAAGUUCUCAAGAAUCACUUGAUAAUAUGUGUGUAGAAAUUUGUAAAGUACUUGAUGACGAUUCAUCAAGUAACUCCUUGAAAAUGGCAGCAGUUUCAGCGUUGGAAGUUCUUGCAGAAAGGUUCCCUUCGAAUAGUUCCACCUUUGUUGUAUGCCUUGAAUCUAUUAUUACAAGAUGCAAUACAUCUCAGAACUCUGCCAUGACUUCUAGUUGCCUUCGAACCUCUUCUGCGUUGAUCAAAGUUCUUGGUCCAAAAGCACUGUCUAAACUUGAUCAAAUCAUGGCCGUGAUAAAGUCCUCUAAGGAUUUGGAACCAAAAGCUAAUGAUGUUUCCCCAGCCUCAAAUGCACCCCAUCUUGUUUCUGUUCUUGUUACUUUGGAGGCAGUUGUUGACAAACUUGGUGGAUUCCUAACUAAAGAUCUAAAAAAUAUCAUGGAGCUUCUGGUGCUUCGUCCGGAAUAUGUCUCAGGAAUAGAUGCCAAAGUGGAAUCCCGAGCUCAUGGAUUACGAAAGCUUCUUGCGGAAAAAAUUCCAGUACGGCUUGCCCUGCCGCCAUUGAUAGAACUAUACCCUGCUGCUGUUGAGGCUGGGGAUACAAGCUUAACAAUUUUGUUUGAUAUGUUGGCAACAUUUAUUGGUACAAUGGACAGAUCAUCUAUUGUGGCAUUCCAUGGAAGGAUUUUUGACUUUUGUUUGGUUGCUCUUGAUCUUCGUGGAAGUCCUCAUUCAGUUCAAAACAUUGAUUUAGUGGAAGAAGGUGUGAAGAAUGCUAUGCUGGCACUGACCCUAAAACUUACAGAGAGCAUGUUCAAGCCUCUUUUUAUAAGGAGUAUUGAGUGGCUUGUCGAUGAAACUGUAUCUUCAGGAAGCAUGGAUAGGGCCAUAUCUUUCUAUGGCAUGGUAAAUAAGCUUGCUGAGAACCAUCGGUCAUUGUUUGUUCCUUACUUCAAAUACUUGCUUAGUAGCUGUGUUCAUCAUCUUGGCGAUGGCGGAUACCUUAAAUUGUUUAGUUCGAGUCAGAAGAAAAAGAAGGCUAAGAUUUUGGGUGACGGCGAUGUAAAAGAAACAGAUGUCUUGUCUAUCAAGGGCUGGCAUCUCAGGACACUGGUCUUGUCAUCCUUACACAAGUGUUUCCUCUAUGACACCGGGAGCCCAAAGUUUCUUGACUCGUCAAAUUUCCAGAUGUUGUUGAAACCUAUUGUUUCUCAACUUGACCUAGACCCACCUGCUUCCUUAGAUGACCACAUGAAUAUACCUAGCGUGAAUGAAUUUGAUGACCUACUUGUUGUUUGCAUCGGUCAAAUGGCGGUCACAGCUGGCUCAGACCUUUUGUGGCAAUCUCUGAACCACGAAGUUUUGAUGCAGACACGUACCGAGAAGACGCGAGUUAGAAUAUUGGGCCUUAGAAUUGUUAAAUACCUUGUAGAUAACUUGAAAGAAGAAUAUUUAGUGUUAGAUGAAACAAUUCCCAUCCUCGGUGAACUGCUUGAGGAUGUGGAACUUUCAGUUAAAUCUCUUGCACAAGAAAUUCUGCAGGAAAUGGAGUCUUUGAGUGGGAAGAGCCUUUGAGACUGCCUAUGAUGUUAGAUUCGUUGAGCUAGAAUUGUGUAAUCAUAUAGGAAAUUUAUUGUGUAGACCAAUGAACAUAUUAUGGUCAUUUAAAGGAAAGGUGGCAUUUUUGAUACUGAUAAAAGUUUAAAGUUCAAUUAUUUUCUUGUGUAAUUUCAAGUUUAUUUUUUCUUC